GACUGAACAGUGUCACAUGGAUCGAUAUUUACAGGAGUUCUCUUUCGUCUCGUAUCUUUUGUUUUUGUCUGGACGUUGUAAAUAUUUUGUAGAAGCGAUUGACCUAUAAUAGCCUACCUGUCCACCAAAGAAAGAUUGCUGAUGCUUUGGCCUGGACUGUCACCCAUGUGUGCGCUUUCGUCGGACGCAUUUUGACGGGUCACCUAAAAGCGCUUGCUGUAGCCUAAUCGCGGCUACAUUGUACACUUAUUUCGUUUUUAGUUGAUAACCGUAUGUGGAAAUAACGUUAUUCUUUUGGAGCACAAAAAUGUCAAGUCCUGCUCGACUUUACCGUAAACUUGAAGGGUUAUUUGCCGUAUACAAGCCCUCUGGAAUUCAUUGGAAACUCGUCCGUGACACCAUAGAAACAAAUCUCCUUAAAGAAAUAAAUGCAGCGCCUUCUCCUGCCCCGAAACUGGAGGUUAAUUUCCAGGCUUUACCCAGUGGAGAGCCAGGAACAGCCAAGGAACUCAUUAUGACUGCUACUCGGCUCCCAGUUCUUUCCACUAGCCCUCAAGUGAGAGGGCCACAGUAUAGGACCCUGAAAGUAGGAGUGGGCCAUCGUCUGGAUGCAUUCUCAUCUGGAGUGCUUGUUCUAGGUGUUGGACAAGCAAACAGGGCCCUAGCAGAGUUCUAUAGCUUGCCUGUUACAAGGGACUACACAUUAGAAGGAGAGUUUGGGAUGGCCACACAUGACUUUUCUGACUCCGGGCGCAUCAUAGAAAGGACUACAUUUGAUCACAUCACUCCGGAGAAGCUGGAGCAGGUCCUGGCUAUAAUUCAGGGAGGCCAUCAGAAAGCUCUGAUCACAUACUCAGGUGUGGACCUUCAGUCUCAAGAGGCAUAUGAGCUGGCGGCGCAGGGGAUGCUGCAGCCACACAGCAAGUCUCCCCCCAUCCUCACGGGUCUGCGCUGCAUCCGUUUCCAGCCCCCCCACUUCACCCUCGAGGCUCAAUGCGUGAAUGAGACACAGCAUUACUUGUGCAAGCUUGUACAUGAGGUAGGUCUGGAGCUACGAAGUUCGGCAGUCUGCACAGGCGUACGACGCACGCGUGAUGGACCCUUUGGCCUGCAGGAGGCGCUCACUCGACAGCACUGGACUGCCCCAGACAUUCAGCAGGCCAUCAAGGUGCACCGUUCCAUUCUGAAGGCCCUCCGCAAGGCCACUCGUGCAGAGAAAGCGCCAUCAAAGCAGCGCUACCAGCAGACAGGCACAGAAGAUGACUCCACAGCCAGUAUUAGUGACACAGUCCCAAAGCAGCCGCAUUCCGCUACAGAGGAAGCAGCAGCAAAUGUGUCACCCUAAUAGGGUGCAGCUGUUAUAUAUACACUGGACAGGAGGAGUGUUAAAAAAAACCUGAUCUUUGUUUGGGUGUUGGUUAUUUCAUAUGCCAAUGUUUUUAUGGACAGUAUCUGUCCCCUUACUGUGUAUCUCAUAUUCCAAUAAAGUUUGUUCUA